AUGAUAGAGGUCCACUGCAAAGUCCGGACAAUGCUCAAGCUGAACAAUGCCAUGGAGAGAAUGAUGAAGGAGUGCAAGAGUUCCUUGGCAUUCAAAGAGUCUGAGGCAGAGACCUUCAUCAACUACAGCUUUGCCAUGUGCCAGCUGCACUUGGAGCUGACGAAACACUUCGGGGAGGAGGACGAGAAGUUGUUCUCAAGCUUGCCAAAGAUGCACAUGCUGCUCCACAGCUGCUUGUUGGCUGGCAUCAUAAACCCGAGGCUCGCAUGGUGCUUCCGGGGCGGAGAUCUGCAGAAGAUCAGCAGGAGUCUUGCUGGCAGCUGUGCCAAAGGCCUUGGCUUAUGGGGACUCGAAUAG